AUGCCGACGCGGCAUUUCCAGCGAUCGCCGCACGCGCGUCGCGUGCUGUUGACCGCGAUCGCGGUCAUCGCGAGCACGUUCCUCGUGACGUACCCGAUCGCGGCGAGCGCGCUGACGCCUCCGUCGCACCGGCUCCGAUGGCCUCGUCUGUUCCUGAGCGCGUCCAUAUCGCACGAGCCCGCGCGGACGAUCGGAAGCUUCCUCCUCUCCGUCGGCGUCGUCCCGUUCGCGUUCGCCGUCUUCGCGCGGAAGCUCGAGCUCGACCUUCGCCGCGCGCAGCUCCGAGAGAAGACGAGGACCGAGGACGCGUCCGAGCGCGCCAAGGACGUCGAGCGCCUCGCGUUCGCGCUGCACUUCGUCUCCCUCGUCGGCGCGCUCGGCGUCUGCGCGGCGCCGUCGCACGUGCAUCGAAAGACGCACACGGCGUUCGCGUCCGCGUUCUUCCUCGGCGGCGCGUUCGCCGCCGCGUGCCAUUACGUCGUCGACGUCGCGCUCGCGAACACGUGCUCCGCGCGACUUCGCGCGUUCAGAGGCGUCUUCGCGGCGGCGCCGUGCGUCCUCGCGCCGCUCUUCAUCCUCUUCCGCGACUCGAGCGACGAGACGCUGGUCGCGGUCGCGUGCGUCAGCGAGCUCGCGGCGAUGACGUGUUUGUGCGCGUACUACGCGUCUUGGGCGGCGACGUUCGGGUCGAUCGUCGUCGUCGUCGGCGCGCUGGACGUCGUCUCCGCGAGGGCCCCGGGGGAUCUCGAGGAGGGCGGCGGCGGCGGCUUCGAUGAUUUGAUAGACGGCGAGGAGAGUUUGAUGCGCGCGGAGACGCUGCUUCCGUCGCCGUUCGAUACGACGUCGCGGUCGGGAUCGCCACGCGUCGCGCGCGGCGGCGGCGGCGGCGGCGACGAGAACGACGACGACGACGACGACGACGGCGGCGACGGCGACGACGUCUUCACGGGGUCGCCGUCGACGCCGUCGCGGGGAGGGGGGUACCACAGCGACGACAGACGGAAGCCGCCGACGAGCCCGUCGCACGGCGUCGCCGGGUCGCUGGGGAGGAGCGGGAGGAACGUCGGGGGGAUUCGCGACUUCAGCGGCGGCGGCGGCGGCGGCGGCGGCGGCGGCGCGGGGCGCCACACGCCGCCGGACGGCUUCGCGUCGCCGUUCCGCAGCGACGGGAGAGUGUUGAACGGUCUGCGCGCGUCCCCGGCGACGCCCGGGGUGCCUCGCGUGGACAGCAGCGAUAGACUGUACCACCAGCUGCACGAGCCGUUCAUGCGGAGGAUGGAGGAAGAGCGCGGGACCGGCGGCGGCGGCCGGAGUUGA